UUUAAAUCAUUUAUUAAUUAAAAGUUUGAACAAUGAAAUGUCUCUUCUUGGAUUUUUCUAAAGGCUGAGAGUGGGGGGCUAUUGCAGCUACUGAAGGAAUGUGUUUCCUAAGUAACACAGGAGAAGGAGCUUCUCAUUUGCCACAAAAAUGAGCCUCCAAGGGCAGGAGCAUCUUCAAAAGGGGCUCUCCUAUAGAGCUUCCUGGGUGGGCAGGUUCCUAACAGAAGAGGUAAAGUUCAAGACCAACUGCUUCAAAUGUGCCUGAUAAAAAGAAAGCUUGUGGAAGCUUGGAAGUGUAGUGGUGAUGAAAGCACGUCACAGGUUGCCAUCACGGGCUGCAGCGCAGUCAGUUCUGUUGCUUCAAGUGAUGGGCCCAGUUCAUGAGGACUCCCACCAGAGAUGCUGAGGUAAAUAAAGCCACUGCAGUAUGUUCAGCGUAGAAGACCUUCUGAUUUCUCAUGGAUACAAGCUAUCUAAAAAUCCUACCAAUUUGUCUGAAAAUCGAAGCGAUGGAUUUCAGCAUGAAGAUAUAGAUAGGAGGUCCGGUCAGACAACUCUGAAUGGCUUCCCAACCCAUCCUGGAACCUACCCCAAUAGUAAGAAGAGCAUAGCAAGGGGCUAUCAAAAUGUCAAUGAAAAUAAUCAUGUCAUCCAAGGGAGGCAAUUGAAUGCCAACCAUAAAGACUUCUCAGGUCUAGCUAAUGUGCAUGCUUUGCAAGGAGGGCUUUAUGACCAAUCACAGUUAAGUUGGUCUUCGCACUCCAAGACAGAUAAAGAUCUUGCCUACUGGAGAAGACAAGGCCAAGAUUUUAGUUUAUUAGGUUAUCCUGACAGAGCAGACUCUGAAACAAAAGGAAUGGCUGCACCUUGUGCCUUGUUUGGACAUGAUAAAGAAAGUCAGUGGGAGAUCGGAGGAGGAUUAGAGAAUAUGAGAACUAACACACAGGAGACCUGGAAACCUCCUGGUGAUUACAGGUGGCAAAGUUUAAAGACAGAAAGCUGGAACCAACCAACUGCAUUUGGAGAACUUGUGCCUGACACAGAUAAAGAAAGGCUGCUUCAGGAUAUGUAUUCAGUAAGACGGGACGUUGCUACUUCCCAUGUUAAGAGUAAAUCACAGUCUUUCCCAAGAGUUCUUUCACCAGAGAGCUUUAACUGUGCUGAAAUGCCUUCCUUAAUCAGCAGUAAACACCAUAAGGCACCUGGGUUGGCCUUGGAAACUUUGAAACACUCUGAACCAGCAACCCACUUCCUUCCUUUACCUAGGCCCAAGUAUGGCAGACCACUGAAGCCUCCUUCAUAUGAAUUUCAUCAACAGACAAGGGGAACCCUGGAAACCAGUUCACUGCAGGAUGAUCAGCAAAAAGACAAAGCCGGUUGCUACUUAACUAAAGUUAAUGAGCCAGUUCAGGACUCUAGCUUAGAACCCCCGUUGUACAUACCUCCUCCAUGUUAUAAAUCCCCUGGUCAGCAAAGUAUGAAUCAACAUGUGCCCAAAGAAGUGCCUGAAUAUGAUAUGUGCUUUAAUAAUGAUAUGCAGGUUCCAGAGCAGAGGAUUUUUAUUAGUUCCCAGCCUUCUAUUAAUCAAUUUCAAACAGGAGAUGAGCACUAUAAAAAUGAGCAGAUCUUGUAUAACAGUAAAAGACAUCUGAGACAUGGGGAGAACUGUCUGUCUUCUGUUCAGUAUAUUCCUUUUGAUGACCCUCGAAUACGGCAUAUCAAAAUAACACAUCCAGCUGACCUUCAGAAGGAUGACAACGUUGGGGAUGCAAAUAGGAUCAACUCUAAUGUCUUCCAUAAGAGUUCUGUGGAACAGGAGUUCAAUAAUUCAUUUUUGGAUCUACCAGACUCAAUAAAUACUGCUAUAAAAUGCAACCAGGUCUCUGGUAGCUCUGUAUAUAGCAGCAGAUGGUUGGUAGAAUCCAGUGUAGAUCAGGACAGUUGUGCCUUGUCUACCCAAAGAGACUCUUAUGACGUAGGCAAUGAUCUGAACUGUGAAUACCCAAAAGGCAGGCCAUCUGCUCCAAGCCCACAUAUGGAACUCUCCUGUGAGACUCUGACUAAAGUGAAAACCUUUGAACCUGGAACUGAGAUCCAGGGCAAAAAGAGUUCAAAGAAAAAAACACAUGAAACUAUAUUUUGCUUGGUGUCCAUCCCAGUUCAAUCUGAACUGAACAUGCCAGAUACCGAUAGGAAUAACAACGUAACACAGGGAGCCAGUGAGAAGAAUGGUCUUGAUACCAGUGGGGUUCUGCAGGAACAAAGUUUCCUAAGUACCUCCUCUACUGAUUUGGAGCUCCAAGCCCUUACAGGAAACAUGACCAAUAAGAACGAGUUACAAAAACAAGAGUUGUGGAGACCAGAGUUCAAACAAAUGAAUGAUCUCAGAUUCAGGCAGCCUGCAAAGCACAGGGAGCUUCAGUAUUCUGGCUCAUGGCCAGGCGAUCAGUACAAGGACCAGCAAACGCAAACUAGUUUCAUGGAAGAACCCAAAAUCCAGCAGCUUCUCCAUGGCUCACAACCUAGGAAAUCAAAUACACUGACCACAGGCCACUUGUUAAGAUACGGGUCAUCUACUAUAGAACCAACCCUGAGCAUUUUACCUGCUGAUGACAGAAAAGGCAGACAAGUUACUUCCCCUGUGAAAGGUCAGGGGCAUCUUGACAAGCCCAGCAAAACUGAGUGUUCUAGGACUUCAGUACUUAACCCAAAGGCAGGCCAGAAUGCGACUUGUGCUUCAGGCACAGCCCUUCCUGGGCGGGAAAGGGAACCCAGUUUUGCCCAUAAGGAAGAAAGGAAUUCGCCUUGUAGUAGUAAAGAGCUCUUUGGGCAGUUUCUCUUGAAACCUGUUAGCCGACGUCCUUGGGAUGUAAUAAGUGAACUAGAAAGUUUUAAUAAGGAGCUUCAAGAACAAGAAGAAAAUAAUGAAGAUGGUACAGAGACUGAGAACAAGCAAGAGAGAGAAGAGGAGGAGAAGGAAAGGAGGACAGAGAGAGGAACAUGUAGAGACAAUGAAAAAAGCCAGGACCAUAGAUCCAAUGCACAGUCACUAAAUGUAACACCGGCCACUUCUGUGUUUAAACAGGGUACAGAUAAAAGCAAAUUUGAAAGUGUAAGUGUUUCUAAAAGUUCAGAUGCAAGGGUUGUAUUUAGUGACCAUGUGUAUGUUAGAUCACAGGUAAAAGAAAUGGAUAAAGCAGUUAAGGCAGAAAAUGGAUAUGUUGCUCCAAAACAAAAAAAACAGGAAGGUGGGAGAAGGGUUAUUAAACGGGCUGUUAGUCUGCAUCCAAUCAAACCAAAUGUAUCAGGUCCCUUGGACAAUGAAAAGCGCAGUAAUCCAUUCAACAGCAUCAAUUUUAGGGAAGCAAGUGCUGAAAACUAUAAGGACAAUGUAGUAGGCUUUGAUAAGCUGAAAAGGGCAGCAGGCAGGAAUAUCCUUGCUGUGGAAACAGAAUCUGUAGUGCAAUUAUCUUUAACAAAUAGGAAUCAAGGGCACUCUGAGCCAGAUUUGAGAUCUGUUGGGCUUGAUGAUGGUGAAGGCUCUGGCACCGGCGCUCUUGAUUCUUGCACAGAGAUUCCGCCAAAUGAAUCGCUUCAGGCCAGAGCAGCCAGGAUCCUGGGCAUAGAGGUAGCUGUGGAAUCCCUAAUAGCUGAUAAUGAAACACUUCCUGAUGAACACUCUCGCUCUGAAAACAUGCCACAGAGUGUUGAAUUAUCAAAUGAAAAGAUGCUGGGGGGGGGAAUGGAAACAAACAUGACUUCUUACGAAGGAAAACAAAAAUGUGGCUUGUCAAAAAGGUCCUUCGUUGGAGAGAACAUCUCCUUGGGAUCUAUUAAAGACCAGUGUUCUGGUGAAGAAAUGUUGACAGCUGAACAAUAUUUUCAGCAUCAUCAUGAUAUCAGCAGACACCAAGAAGACCAUGCUCACCCUCUUGAGUCUGUUGUGCUUCCAUUUGCUGAAAGAAAAUCACUUCCACUGAAUGUAGAAAAGAGACCUAGAAGCACUUCAAAGGUGAUUGAGACUUUGCAAGGCAAACUUGCCUCUCCUUCAAGCCGAGCUGCCAUGGAUCGUUUGGUAAGGAUGAAAGAAGUUGAUUCAGUUUCUCGUAUGAGACGUCUAAGUAUAAAGAAUGCCGAAUCAGGUGAGGACGGAGAUGAGGAUAAACAGCUCAAGGGACCAGAAGAGAGAGGAAACGAUGCCUCCUUUGGCCGCAAUGAAUUUCCCCGCAAACUGUCCCAUGGCAGUUCAGUUUCUAAGCGCAUAAUCUCACUGGCUGAAAAUGGACUUUUGGACAACAGGAACAUGAAGAAAACUGGAAGAGAUUUGUUUUGCUUAGAUGCAUAUGAUCCCAGCCGGGUUGAAAGGGUGUGAUACAAAAAGAGCUGGCUUCCAAGAGAUUUCUAUGAUUUGUGGGACAUUUUCCAGAGUUGCAUCGUGUGGAAAUACCCUUAAGCCUCAAUGUGUAGAGUGUGUUGGUAAAGCAUCUUACCUGCUAGUGGACAAAGACAAGUCUUUAUGGGGAAUGUAUGCUUUCUGGAACUUGCAUGGAAAAGUGUGUGUGUGCAUGAGUGGGUGCGUGCAAAGAUCUCUAUCUGGAACCAUCUGUUUUUCAAAGCAUUAAAACUUAAUGCUGCUACUUGGCAUGGAUUGGUCACUUUUAAAUUGAAUUGAAUAGUGUUCAGUCAGGAUGGUAAACAGGAUGAAGGUGGGAGGGGCUCAGGGGAAGGUUUGCUUAUUUCUCUGUGUAAAAUGUAAACAGAAGAGAUUAAGAAAAUGAUUUUUGAAGAAAGAAUGUGAAUUUCUAAGCUAAACAUCCAAAUCUCUGAACUCUCAGCUUUGUUGAGCGUGGGCCAUAAAACAGGCCACGAGAGAACCGCCGCUGCCUUUUCAGUUCAAGGGGAUGCCAGCCAACAGCACUGAAUGCCGACUGACCAACUGUGAAAUCAAUUUGGACUUGGUCUGAAAGGGCUUUGAUUGGAAUUCCUUCCUUCCCGCAUGUCAAAACAAUACAGGCAAAUGCACCAUUGGAGGAGGAGAACCUAACGUGGCAGACCGUAUUGCCACCUCUGUCCUCUGAUCGAAUCAAACCAGGAUCAACACCGCUCUGGCUGCUGUUCUUCCCCUACUGUUAUGUAUUUCGUUCUGUUUCCUUUUUCUAUUUGUAAUUUGGGCUCAGAAUUCUAUAUACCACAGACUUGCUUGUUUAGCACAUCCUUUUUUAACCAAGCAUUGUUUUAGCAGAAUGUGAUGUAUUUUUCUACAAUGUAAGCAGUUUGCCAGUUGUUUCAUUGGUAAGAUCUUUUUCUUCUCCUCCUCUUCUAGGUGAGUUUUCAAAGAAACUAGCUGAGGAGCUUUAUUUGUGUAUCUUCUGCACAUUCCACGUUAUCUUCUAUUCACAACUGUCACGCUAUGUAUUAUAAUAAUAUAUUUGUGUAUGUAUAUAUAAAUAUUCUUAUAAAGGAGGUACCUAAACCUAAACAGGAUUAAUUUUCUUAUUGCUUGGAUUGGUGCUUUUAGAUGAGGAUGGUGUUGAUGGUGGUUCAACUGAUUACUUUCCACAAGUAUAAUUACCAGAAAAUAGGAGGAGUGGUUUAAUACAUUGCAUCCCUAAGUGUGUAAAUUCUGUUUGCAGUGGUGCAAAUACUAAAGCCUUGUGCUACAAAUGUACCCAUUAAUAGAAAUAAGAAUCCUUUACCACCAUUUAGUUCUUGGGAAAAAUCUGGUACCAUCCAUUUGUGGUGGCAAGGGACAGUGCCCGUUUUCACUUGCCUUUACGGCAACUCUAGCAAUGAGCCACACAAGAAUACGUAACUCCCAUCGUAGAUGCUCAGUGCCAUUUUUAUGGCAUUGUGAUUGUGCCUAUAUUUGGAACUCUUGCACCAGAUUUUAUAAGCAGCUGGCUUGGUAGAGCAACUCGUAGAAUUGCCCUGCCUUUCUAUAUGUUUGAAUUUUAUAUUUAUGCCUGUUUUGUUUAAUGGCAAUCCAUAUAGGAUUCACACCUAUAAGCAUACAAAGAGCUAUUUUUGUCACUUCAAAAAUUUUUUUGCAAGAUAUUCAAUUGUAUUUAGGGUGAACCUUGUUCAUUCCUGUAGGAAUAA